CCACGAACAGCCGCCUGGAAGUAAGACAACUUUAUUGUAUCUUUAUUAUACGUGAAAAGUUAAAAUAUCAGAGUAAGUACCUGUAAUUUCACAACAGCAUUUGUGCUUUGGUUGAACGUGCUUGGUGCAUUACGCGCCAUCAUGUUUCUCCGGUAAAGAAGUUUUGCUUUAUUUCAAGACGGGGGAAGCGUAAAAACAAAUUGAAUUUUUUUACAAAUUUUCAAUAUGGCUGAUGUAUCGGUAAAAUACGAGUGUACGUUGUUAGGUCUAUUUAUUGUGCUAAUUUUUUUUCAUCUGAUUAAAUUUUCUCUUAUUUUAGAUUUAGAUCACACAGCUGACGUGCAGUUACAUGCCUGGGGAGAUGACCUAAUAGAGGCUUUUGAACAGGUUGGGAUAGCAAUGUAUGGAUAUAUGACAGAAUUAGAAAACGUGGAAGUUUUGCGGAGUGAAACUAUUUCUGCUCAAGGGGAUGAUAUUUUGUCGUUGCUUUUUCAUUUCCUUGAUGAGCUGCUCUUUCUGUUUUGUGCUGAGCCUUUUUUCAUUGGAAAACAAAUUGAAAUUAUUGAGUUUGACAAAGAGGCUUUCAGAAUUGAAGCUGUUGUGAGAGGGGAAACAUUUGAUCUGGAUAAGCAUCCACAGGGAACUGAAGUUAAGGCAAUAACUUAUUCCAACAUGCAAGUUUUUGAUGAAGAAGGAAAUCAUCAAGUCUAUGUCAUUAUUGACAUAUAAUUCGUGAAGUUUUAAAGAUAUCUUUCCCACCUUAUGUCCGUCUAUACCAACAUGGGCAAUUGUGAAGAAAGUCAAGGGGAUGAGAGAAUUAGGUAAAGCACCCUUCUAUGGUGCUUUGGAUGAAUUUUCAAGCAAAACUUACAGAACUAGGAUUAAUAUAAUUCUAAGAUGAAUUUUCAAGCAAAGCUUACAGAA